GCGUCCGUCGGGCUUUGCUCCUCCGCCUCCAAAGCCUGGCGAAGAAGGCCUCACCCUCGGCAAAAUCAAGCAGCGAUUGCAGACCCCGCGUGCCGACUCCGACCACGCUGCGAUCGGGCGGGUCCUCUCCGAUGCUGUCCAUGGCGUCGCGUGGAAUGGCUGGAUUUGGAUUGCUGGUGCUCUUUGCCUGCUUCGCCAUUGCCGCUUCGCUCUCUGACACGGUGUUUUAUGAGAACUUCGACGAGGACUUCGAAGGGCGAUGGGUCGUCUCUCAAAAUAGCGACUACGGAGGUACAUGGAAGCAUGCCAAGAGCGACGGUCACGAUGAUUACGGACUGUUGGUCAGCGAGAAAGCUAAGAAGUAUGGCAUAGCCGUCGAUUUGCCUGAGAAGGUUGAUCCGAAGGAUGGAUCUCUUGUUCUUCAGUACGACCUGAGGCUUCAGAAUGGACUUGAGUGCGGUGGUGCCUACUUGAAGUUUCUUCAACCUCAGGAAGCAGGGUGGACGGCCAACGACUUCAACAACGAGUCCCCCUACUCCAUAAUGUUUGGUCCGGACAAGUGUGGGGCCACUAACAAGGUUCACUUCAUCUUCCGGCACAAGAACCCAACCACCGGGAAAUACGUGGAGCACCAUUUGAAGAAUCCCCCUGUUCCCGCUGGCGACAAGCUGUCUCAUGUCUACACAGCCAUUAUCUAUCCUAACAACACUCUCAGAAUCUUGAUUGAUGGCGAGGAGAAGAAAACGGCUGAUCUGCUGUCUGAAGAGUUUGAACCAACAGUCAUCCCCGCAAAGACGAUUCCCGACCCAGAAGAUAAGAAGCCUGAGGAUUGGGACGAUCGUGCCAAAAUUCCCGACCCUGAUGCCACCAAGCCUGAUGACUGGGAUGAGGACGCUCCUAGAGAGAUCGAAGACGAGGAAGCCGAGAAGCCUGAGGGAUGGUUGGAUGACGAGCCUGAUGAAGUUGACGAUCCCGAAGCUGUGAAGCCCGAGGACUGGGACGAUGAGGAAGAUGGCGAAUGGGAACCUCCCAAGAUCACCAACCCCAAAUGUGAGGAGGGUCCUGGUUGUGGUGAGUGGAAGCGUCCCUUGAAGGCAAACCCUGCUUACAAGGGCAAGUGGAGGGCACCAAUGAUCGACAACCCAGCUUACCAGGGCAUCUGGGCACCUAGGCAGAUUCCCAACCCUGAGUACUUCGAGCUGGAAAAGCUCAACUUGGAAGCAGUGGCUGCCAUUGGUAUCGAGAUCUGGACCAUGCAGGAUGGUAUCUUCUUCGACAACAUUCUAGUCGCACACGACGAAGCGGUCGCUGAGGAGUACAGGAAGACCACUUGGGAACCAAAGCACACGGUCGAGAAGGAGAAAGAGGCAGCUGAGGCGAAGAAGUCUGACGAUAAGGCUGAUAAGACCAGCGUAGACAACAUCAAGGAGAAGGUCUUCGAGGCUCUGAAUAAGAUUGCAGAGGUUCCAUUCCUUGCCAAGUACAAGGAGCAGAUCGAUGCUGUACUUGACAAGGCUGAGAGCAAUCCCAACGUCACCCUUGGUGUUUUGGCAACCAUCCCCGUGCUUCUCUUCACGAUGUUGUUCAGUCUUUGCCUCGGAAAGAAGAAAUCACCACCCGCUGUCACGACUGGGGCCAUUAAGAAGGAGGAUCUUGUGACCGCCGAUGAUGUGUCCGUGCCUAAGGGGGAACAAGUAGAGGAAGCAGAGCAAGAGCAAGCAGGAGAGAUAGAGAAGGAGGGGGUUAGUGCCCGCCGCAGGCCCCGCAGAGAGACAUAGGUAGGACUUCCACGGAAAUCGCAAUUGAUAGGUGUGUAAUCACAGCGAGCAGCCUAUUCACACUCCGGUACCAGGGCGAGGUUAGCUGCCGAGAUCCUUGCGGGGGUUCUUGUGCACAUGACCAUCUGUAGAAUUAUGUGCACUGUGCUCCCACACUUGCUAGUCUACGAGGUUAGUCUUGGUUAUUAGACUUGGAUUACAUCAGAUUAUUAUUAUACUUCGUUGUAUUUUUUUAUUUGAAAAAAAGAGAAAUGCUUUCAACAUCUUUGCAA